AUGGGUCCAGCGUCCUCCCACGCCGCUCAGCGUGCCGCGCAAGUCGAGCCGGCAGUCGGCGUUCCAGCGGAUUCUCUCAAUAACAUUCCCGAUUCCCAGCCGGCAAAUGCUGCUUCUUCUGCUGUUUCCAGCGCAGAUGAAUAUCGACCGCUGACAACAAUCUUAGACCCACAUAUAGGCUUUUCUAUGGGUAACACGAGCGGCGUUAUGGACAGUGACUUCUUCCAUAAUCAAUAUCAGGGCAUGGGUGACUGGCUACUGAGAGAUCUGGAUUGGAAUACUGACGUUCCCUGGUGA